UGUGGGUUUAGUACUUUUUUUUAAAGGAUUAUAUGGGUGGACACAACAUGGAGGGCUGAAGGGCCUGUACUGUGCUGUAGUGUUCUCUGGUUCUAUAAGACCACUUUCCACAUUGUUAUAGUAUCUUCUUUGCAAAUUCAUUAUGGGCAAAUUUUUUUUUAAGCCAAGGCUUCUCCCUUGCCACUCUUGCCACAUACCCUUUAUGUGCAAGGCCUUGGAAAUCAUAUUUUUCCUACUUCUUCCACAAUAAGCUGCACUGAGCAUUGGGGUAUAUUUAGUACCCUUGAGAUGGUCUUGUACCCUUCCCCAGAUUCUCUGUUACCAUUUCCCUGACUUGUCUUGAAUGUUCUUUGGUCUUCAUUUUGGUUUGGUCUGUUGAAAAUCUACCAUACUGAUAGACCUUACAGUGGGCAGGGAUAUUUAUUCUUAUGAAUUCAUUGAAAGUAGGUGAUCUUCCAAUUUUCUAUAUUACCAACCUAACCAACUCACUCAAUUUGUUACAGUAUUGCACCUGAGGAAAUUUAGCAUAGUACAUAAUUACAAAGUGGAUAAAUACUACUUCAGAGUCCCAAUUUUUGGGUUUUAAUCUUUAGUAAGUUGUUGACGGGCUUUGGAGUUUUACUUUUGAUUUGACAUGAUGCACAAUGUUUUAUAGAUUAGCUCAAAAAUCCUACUUCAAUAUAUUUUAAAUUUAGAAAAUGAGACAGUAAAAUAUGAAAAUAGCUGUAGGGGCAAAAUAAUUUUCCAAGGCACUAAGUCAAAAUUGAGAUCAGAAUGUAACACUGACUUAGCUGGGAAAUUUGUGAGUGGGUGAGAGAGUGGGGUAUAAAAUUACUCUAAUUGCUAAUAGUGGAGAGUUGCACUUUCAACUUUUCACUUUUUAAUGAAUAAAAUUGAGCUUGCAGGUGACAUCAAAUGAAGUGCUGAGAUACAGAUCAAGCAGGGGAAACGAGCACAAUAAAGAUUUAUUAUCCUGACUUAAAGGGUGUAAAAUUUGUUGUCUUGUGGCAACAGUAUAAUGUAAAGAAAUUACUAUAAAUUACAAGAAUAAUGCAAAAAACAGGAAUAAUAAUGUAAUGUUAAUGGACUGUUCAGAAAUCUGGUGACAAAGGGGUAGAAACUUUCUGAAUUGUUGAAUGUGGAUCUUCAUGCUCCUCUACCAUCUUCCUGAUGGUUGUGUGGAGAAAAAUGCACGUCCCAGAUGAGAAGGUCCUUAGUGAUGUGUAUUGACUUUUUUGAGGCACCACCUUCUGAAGAUGUCCUUGAUGGGGAAGAUUGUGCCCACGAUGGAACUGUUUGAGGCUACAAACUCUGCAGCCUCUUUCAAUCCUGUGCACUGGAGCCUCCAUACCAGGCUGUGAUGCAGUCAGUCAGAAUGCUCUCCAUAGUACAUCUAUAGAAAUUUUCUAGGGAUUUGGGGGCAUACCAAACUUGCUCAAAUUUCUAAUAACGGCCAAGAAUAAAGUAAUCAUCUUCAAACUAGAGUAAAUACUUGCAAAAUAUUGCAGUCUUUAGAACCAAAAAAGUAAUUUUUUUUCAUGUAUGGCCAAAUUAUUUAAGCUUCCAGAUAUGUAUAAAUGUAAUCAUGAUGGCUAAUGGAAUAUUGACUUUUUUUGUUUAGAGGGCUGAGGAAAGAGGUGGAAAUCUUGCUUUAGUUGGCUAAAGCUCCAGAUUGAGCUUGUAUGGAAUACUUAGUUUCAGGCAUGGAGCACUCACCUUGGGGAUUAUGCUUAUGAUCUGUUGAGCAUGAAAGUUGAAUGCUGUAAAUACCCCCCACUCCCCAGAAUUUGAUACAUUGGGUAUCGGCAUGAUUGUCACUGGCACAAAAUUUUAGGGAACAAGAUCUUACAAUUCAGGAAGGAAACUAAGGUAUAAUCAACACAAACAAAAUGGUGGAAGAACGCAGCAAGUCAACGUCUAUAGAUGAGUGGAAACAGUUGAUGUUUCAGACCACUCUUCCCCCUUCUCUUUUUUUACAUUCCCCAUUUUGGUUGCCCUCUCACCAUUUCUCCUCACCUGCCCAUCACAGCCCACGGGUUCCCUUCCUGCCUCCCUUUCUUCCAUGGUCUACUCUUCUAUCAGAUUACUACUACUUAUGCCCUUUAACUCUUUCACUUAUCCAUUAACCUGCCAGCUUGUAUUCUUUCUCUUCCCAUCUCCCUUUCUCACCCCCCUCCCCCCGUCCUCACUACCACUUUAUUCUGGCUUCUGUCCUCUUUUCCAAUCCUGACGAAGGGUUUUGGCCUGAAACGUUGAAUGUUUAUUCCUUGUGAUGGAUUCUGCCUGACCUGCUGAGUACCUCCAGUCUUUUUUGUGUGUGUUUCUCAAGAUUUCCAGCAGCUAUAGAAUCUCGUGUUUAAGUAAAGAGUUGUGGAAAUUUCUUUCUGUCCCUGCCCAAAAUGGUAAGCUUUAUAUGUCAAGGAUGCUUUAGUGAUAGUGGGACAGGAGGCGGGGCUAAACUGCUAAAAGCAGUUGAACUGUAGAUCCAUAAUCUAAUUGCCAUAGUUUGACGGGCUGAAUGACAUAUGGUUCUAUGCUCCCAAGUUAACCAAGUGUUUUUGACCAUGGCAAACUCUCCUGAGACGCGAACGUGGUUUCAGGGCAUAAUUUGAUGUUUAUGAAUUUAUUGAUUUUUACCUUUUUAAUUCUGAUAAUUGUCUCUCAAGAUAGUUGUUGGAGUGCUACCGUCAACCUAAUAGGCCUGUCAAGACUCGUGUGUGUUGGGAAAACUGACCUGUUCUACUUUGUUGGAGGGAGGAGGAAGCUGCAGUUUUGCAGUCAGUUUCUCGUCCCUCCCAUUCCUCUCUAUUAACAUUUUGAGAUAUUUCGUGAACUGAUUUGGAUACUUGUUUCAUGGAAGAUUUUACAACAACGAAAUACUUUGGCGUUUGGAACCGGCUGAUUAUUUGCUCGCCCCUGUGCGUAAAUAGGCAGGCGCUAGGACCCAAGAGUCUCUCUAAUUCCAGGCGGGACUGGUGGAAAUACCAGUCGAGGAACUGGCUGCGCGCAGGAGAUUUUUAAAGUUAAUUGUUUUCGUUGAUCGUGCGGGAGACCGUGGCACAUCGGGAAGGAUAAUGAAGCCAAGUUAAAACUCCUUACUGAAGAGCACUUAUUGAGCUGUCUCCCUGACUUGCUGCAAGUUUUUCGACCAGUGGAACUUUAAUCACGUUUAUGAAUUGAAAAGUGGUGAUGGAGACCCCGGUGAAUGUUCGGAGAAGGAUCCUGUCCAGGGAAAUGUCGGAGGAUGAAAACGUGAUGAUAAUGAUUAAAGAGGCUGAUGCAAAGUUCAAUUCCAGGAAAACUUCACUUGCUGAGGCUAAGGAGUCUUGUGUGAAGAAACUGAUGCAACAGCAACAAGAGCGUGAGGAGCUAAUGGAAACAGAAGAUGCUGACUUCAAAACCCAGGAAGACUUUAAAGAAAAGUACUUUGAUGCAAUUGAGUCAAUUAGUCAUUUGGAAACUGAGAAGAUUUUACUCGGGUAUGAGGUGGAGCGGCUAAAAGAUGUUCUGGAAGGCACUGAGGAAGAGCUGGCUGAGCUUCACUGGCAAUGCGAGCAAAUAACCAAGGAGCUGGAAAGAGAGAAAGUUGCUAAAUAUUCACUGUUGCAGCAAAUUAACUACAUGAAGGAGCAACUGAAAGGGAGAAAAAAGAGCGAAGCUAUUGAAAUAACUGCUACAGAGAAUAUGGAUGAAUGUCUUCAGAGCAACCUUAAACAGGAGAAAAACUUAGAUGCCAGGAAAAUGGAGUUGAAAUUGGAUGAUUUUGAGGUGAAUAGUGUGCAGAAAUUUCAGAACUCAGCAGCAAACCUUGCAGAUGGAGAGCAGAAACAGUUGACAAAUAGCAGCUUUGAAACUAAACAUAAAAGAAAAAUUCCUGAGGAGAUAUCAAAUGGAAAGCACAAAGAGAGAAGCAUGAACACAUUCACACGAGGUACAGAUGACAUAUAUGUGAAGGAAUCUACUCAUCUGAUUAAGGAUGGUGAGAAUAUAACAGUUGCAGAAAACGUGAACCACCUUCAAUAUGAAACUGAAAGAUUCAAAUCAAAUAAAGCCAUGGAAGGUAGUGGUAGUGAAACAGUAGAGCCUCUAAUGUUGCACAGUGAAGGAAGGGACUCAGAGUAUAAGGAAACCGAAGCUGCUAAAGGACAAGAAGAGAAAGAGCUAAUCUUUGAAGUAAGUAAAGUUGUUUUGGAAGAGACUGCACACAAUGAAAAUCAAAGCGAAGAUGAGGCUGCAACAAGAGGGCAAUUUUGUGAUGAUUCUUUGAACACAGCGGAAGAGGAAGUAAAAGAGAAAAUUGAACAAAAGAAAACCAUUAUGAUGCAAAUACAUAAUGGGAAAAACCUGGAGAUUGUAAAAGGAGAAUCAACAGAAGUUUGUGUAAGUGUAACAGGGGUUCUCGGCCAAGGGGAGCUCAUACAAGACCAUGGAGUAACCCCUGGAGAGCCCAGAUGGGAGGGAAUUGAAGAGAGGAACAGAGAAGCAAUAUCUGCAGAUAAAAGUCACAAGAAAUUGGUAAUGGAAAGCAGCAGAGAGGAUUUUCUUGAUGGUGUUGCGAGAGCUCAUGAUAAAUGGAUGGAGAGUGGCAGAGAUGGAGAAGAGGUCACCAAUCAGUUUCGGGGCAUGAAGGAAACCAUUUCAAAUCUUGCAAAAGAUGGAGUUUCUAUGAAUCUGAAACAGGAUUUGGAAAGUUCUAUUGAUAAAAUAAAUGGAGAAGAUUGCAGUAGAAGGGAAGGAGAAGAGAAUAACAAUGAAAAAGCAAGACUAUGUCAAUUACAAGAGAACAAUGCAGAUAAAGAUAUGAACAAGAUUAGCACAGGUUUAGACAUGCAAGGACACAAAACUGUAAUGGGUGAACUUGCUGAGGGGAAAGGGAGACAAACACACAGUAAUAGCAACACUGAGGAAAGCAGUGGUGGGAAGGAGAAGGGCCCUUUUGAGAUGUUUGUGCAAAUGAUUACAACAAUAAUGUCACAAAAAAGCCACGCAAAAAGUGAAGGGAAAAUGAGCAGGAAAGACGAUGAGAUGCAUGGGGAAAGAAAAGAGGAAAUAAAAGAGCAGAAUGGAGAACAUGUGCCUGCAAACCAAGAACAAUAUGUGGUAAAAGAGAAGAAAGAAUUGGAAUCACUAGAUGCUGACUAUGAGGAGGAAAGGGAUAAUGAUUCAUCCCGGAAGAGACAGGCAGAAAGUAUAUUCCAGAAACCAGGAGGAAGUAAAACCGCACAGGAAUUUGAAAAGGAAAUGGAGGGAGUCGUAAAUGAUCCAUCGGAUGAAGAACUGUACAAUGCAACUGAGCUAAGAACUGCCACGUGCACUGAAGAAAGCAAACCAGACGUUGAAGAGGAUCCUGAAAGCACCCCAGAUAAUGACGACAUGGGGCAUGGGCAAAGUUUGAAUAGAAGUGAGAGCAGCAGGCGACAUACUAAAAAUGGAGAGACAUGUCAAGUUUCGUAGGACUCCUGUCAUGGGUUUCAACUGCAAAAUGUUGAGACUGAACAGAGGGGAAAGGCUUUGACGUUGCACAAACCUGGCACAAGUUUGAAUUGGAUUUUUAAAAUUGUCUUUACAUUGAUUCUUUUGCAAUGACUUUCACAUUUUAACUGAAGCAUAAAUCACACUUUGAAUGUAAAUAAGUUCAGCAUAAAUGGAAAUAGUUUUAUUAUCACUUGAUUCAUUCUGUCUCAGAUUUUUGGGAUUUAAUUGACAAAGGAAUAGAUAGCCCACCUUACUAUUGUUCAUGUCUUUCAUAUUAUAAGCUACAUUUGCCUUUGUUAUAGGCUGUUACUCUUUCACCUUGCUCAUUCCAGAAAUCUGUACAGGCCUGGAUUAGAAGAAGUUAGCAGUGGAUUUGUAGAAACAUUUAUGAAUGCAAAGGCAUCUACUACACAUUUUAGGCAGUUGUGUAUGCUAACCUCUGUGGUUUUGGGAAAACAAGAUAAAUAUUCUGAGGUGCCUCAACUUACAUAAACAGUUAACUAUUAAAUGUCGUGGCAAGGAACAGUGGGAGCUAGAUAUUCAACUUCAACUCAAGACCUGUAUGAAAUCGCCCACUAACAAUUCAGAGGCUUGAACUUUUCCACUGAUUCAGUUGGGAGGUAAGAUGUGAUCUCAUUCCUGGAUCUUGCUGCCUCCAUAAUAAUCACUUCUACAAAGAAAUGUGUUCUCUGAUUUGAGUUUGCACUAGGUCCAUUUUCUUUAUUGAAAUGCCACUGGUUAGUCCAUUUCAACACUAUAUAUGAUUAAGAUGAGCAUGACCAUCCAUGUUCUGUCCACUUUAUGAUAAAAUAGCAAAAAGGGGUCUUAAACCCACAUGGGACCCUGAAUUGCAAGGCCAUGAUCUGUUAUGGGCAAAUGCAAUGUUCUUUCAAUCUGCCAAACGUAAAAUGAUACAAUGCAACACAGAGGUUAAAUUACUCAACAAGUAAUUAUGAGGCCUGGAUGAACAAUUCAGAGGCCCAGGUUCAAAUCCCACCUGCUAUUAAAUUGAAUCAAUAAUUUGGAGCAAUAACUAAUGAUCAAUGAUGACAACAACAGUACAACAUUAAUGUAAAACCCAUUGGGAUUGCAAAUGUCUUUUGGGGGGGAGAACAUCUGCCAUCCUUACAUACUCAAGCCUAUAUGUGUCACUUCAGACCAACCCCAUGUUGAUUCUUAUAUGGCCUAAGAAACCACUUAGGUGUCUGAAGGGCAAUUAGGAAUGGGCAUUAAAUGUUGGUCUAACCAGUGAUACCCAGAUUCCAACAAUAAAUUUUAUUUAGCAAUACAGCACAGAGUAGACCCUUUGAGCCACACCACCCAGCAACCCCUGACAAACCUGAUUAACCCUGACCUAAUAAUGGGAAAAUGUACAAUGACCGAUUAACCUACAAACCAGUACGUCUUUGGACUGCGGGAGGAAAUCAGAGCACCUGGGGAAAACCCAGACAUUCCAUGGGGAGGACGUACAGAGACUCCUUACAGAACAGCACCAGAAUUGAUCUCCAAAACACCCCAAGCUGUAAUAGUGUCGCACUGACUGCUAUGCUACCGUGACACCCAUGGUUUCACUGAAUGCUCCAAUUUCCUCCCCCAUCCCAAAGAGUUGCUAAUUGGCAGGUUAUACAGACAGAAGAUGCUGGAAACACUUGGCAGGACCAGCAACAUCUUGGGGAAAGGGGGCCAGAGUAAUGUUUCAGGUGGCCAAGUCUUCAUCAGAACUGAUGGGUUAGUUCUGCCAACUGAGUAUUUCCCCAAUGUGGUUAGGUGGUUGGUGAUUCUUGGGGGCUUGUUAAUGGGCAUGAGAGAGAGUAGGUUAGAAUGGGUGAGGGAAGGGAUGAUUCAAGAGUCACAAAGUUGCUCCUGUAUCAUAAGAAAAUGAAAAGUCCAAGUUGUUAGUGACUUCUUGCUUUUCAUGACAAUGGCUAUUCCAUUCAGCUCUUUUAACAUAGUGUAAUUAUGCAAAUUGUGUCAUUGCUGCUGAUGUGAACCAAAACAUUUACAAUGAACCAUACAAAUUUAGUAUUAAAUGACCAGAAGUUUGGUCCAUGGUUGUUUAUAAGGAAUUUUUUUAAAGGAAACAAGUGUGUUUUAGGGGAUUCCAGUGCUUGGGACCCAAGCAGCUGAAGGCACAGCAAGUACAGGGAUUACAGGUGAAUGGGAGUUGGCAAGUUGAGAGCCAGGUUUUGGAUUAACUAAAUUAUACUUUUAAAGAAGCAGAAGCUAUUUUAGUCCUUUAUGACUGUGCCUGUGCACCUACUGUUGUUGAUCCUCCAGUAAUCUGUUCUUUGCUUCACUCACCACGCCUUUCCACUCUGACGUACUGAGCCUUAAGCAGUUUACCCAGCCUGCAUUUGAUGUUCCCUCUAUAGAUGAGUCCAGCAGACAGUAGGAAGUUACUUUGUGGUAAUUACCAGUCUGUGAGGGCCCUAUUAUUGGUUUAUCGUUAACAAAAGGGCCAGUAGGGCCUGUGCUGCACUCUAUCUCAAUAAAUAAAAUGAAUAAAUAAGUACUAUAUUACAACCCUGGGGACUGUGAGAGGCACAAUCCACUGUAAUACAAGCAUUCUUCCACUAGAAGGUGUGAUCAACUAACUUGAUGUUUGUUUCUGAAUGUAAACAGUAUUCACAUUCUUGUACUUAUCAAAUGGAAAAUUAAAAUUUAAAUGAACAAAAUGUAUUUUUUCCAAUAUUAUGCAAUGUUUUAAGUAUACGCAGCUAUACAAAAUACAUCAUUCAAACAGUAUAUAUGACAAUAUUCAAGGUCCAGCUUCUGACCCUGUGUUGGACACUAAUUUAUGUGUUUCUUUCUUUCUUCCCACCCCACCCCCAUCAACCUUGUCUACUUGUAGCACGUAUUCCUUUACAUCUGGGAAACUCCGCUCCUGUUCACUCAGCUGUACUAGCUUCUUGGUUUCUCAUUCUGACCAAGAGAUUUUGACUUGAAAUAUUAAUUGUUUCUCUCCACACAGAUGCUGCCUAACCUGCUGUGUAUUUCCAGCACUUUCUCCUGUUAUUUUAGAUUUCCAGUAUCUCCAUUCUAAUUUUCAUUGCCUAAUGUAGAAAUAGUUGUUUAAAAAUAAUUUUGUUUUACCUCCUGUUAAAUAUAUCAAAACAACAUUCUUAUAUGAAAUUUAGUCUUUAAAAAUAUGAAAACAGAAAAUGCUGGAAAUACUCACCAAAUCAUCAAUGGUUUAAUUUUUCAGGUCAUUGACCUUUUCCUCAGUUUUUAGUUGUGUGCUUUGCUAUAGUUAUAUUUUUAUAAAUGACUGUGUAUUUAAACACAGACAUAUAGUAAUAUUUACAAAGAGAAGGCAAACACAGUUGAUUGCAGUUAAUUGUGACAAAUUAGGACCAGUGUAUUUUGGCCCAAUUAAAUGGCUGUUCCAAUUAGCUGAAGUUUCAUGAAAUAAAAGAGACAAACUGAGUAAUAAAUGGUGUAUUUAAAUGAAAUGUUGAACAAAUUGGAACACUACCAAUAGUACAACAGUACUAUAAAACUGUAUUAGUUGCUAGUAAUAAUUGAGGAAUUCAUUCUGUGUAUGCAAUGAUCAGAAUCAGCCCAGACACCUUCUGCAGAUAAUGGACUGCCUUCGUACAAUACUGUCAGCAAUUACAUCCUCCCAAGUUUUCAUUUUCAUUGUAACAUUCAAGAUGAUUGUUGAUACCUUCAAUUCUUCAUAGUUUCUAAAUUGUUGAAGUAGUAAAACAGUUUCAUUUUCACUCCCGGCCAUUUGUGGCAUCUCCAAGCCUGAAUGCUUGAAAGCAUGGUGAGCAAAAUAGUUCGGAAUUGUGUUACUACUUAUUUCUUGCCAGCUAUCAGUGACAAAAAUCACUGCUUUUGUACACAAACAUAUGCAAUUGACACUAUUUACAGACUUUGUUUUAAGCAUGUUGGAGCAUUAAACAAGCACACAAGUGUGCAUGAUUGACUUGUUAAACCUGUUUGGCAAAAGUCUCCUGCCCCAAUUAAGCAGCAUAGUGUUCCAAAUAAACAAAAGGAAUCCAAUCAACUUUUUCUGUUUUUGUUCUUUCAGAAUUGUCACAAAUAAGUGGAUGUCCUAAUUAACUGAUGGCUUAAUUAAUGUGAAUCCACUUUGUAAUGUCCAAGUACAUAUUUAGAGAUGAAAAACAGCCCCACUUGUGUCACUGGAGUUUCUAAAGUUAAGCAUGCCUUUCAGGAAUUAUUAGCCAAAUCCAUUGCUCUAUUUUAUUUGCUUUUUGUUAGUACUGUGGUUGGUGUAUGGGGGAACAGUCAGAUUUGCUACAACUUUGGAGACAAGUGAAAUAAAUUUUCUGUUAAUUAAAGCAUGAUUGAAAGCUGACUGUCUUAAAAGAUCUGU